UGGCUGUGUUUGACUUUCAGUGUGAGAGGGGUUAGCUUCUCAUACGCCUCCCUUUUUUUUGUUUCGCCCAUACUUCACCGACUUCCUUCUACCUUAAAGAGAGGAAAUCAAACUCGUAGUGAGAGGAGAAAAGGAGAAGGAGCAGAAAAUUAAAUUAAAAAAACAAAACAAAAAAACAAAACAUGUGUUGUAUGGGGAAAUGUGCCCGCCUGGUGGGCUUGAUCCUGUUGCCCACAGCGUUCAUCUGCAUGAUCGCCAACCUGUUGCUGUUCUUCCCCGACGGGAAGAGUCUGGAGAAUGAUCAGAUCUCCCUCCAGGUCUGGCUCAUGGGGGGACUCAUCGGAGGAGGCCUCUUUAUGCUGUGCCCGAGCUGCUCAGCUAUCAGGGCCGGGGGCAAGGGUUGCUGUGGAACAGGUUGCUGUGGCAACCGUUGCCGGAUGCUGAACUCCGUGUUCUCGUCUGCUUUCGGUCUGGUUGGAGCGAUCUACUGCACCAGUGUGGCCUCAGCCGGUCUGGCUAUUGGACCCAAGUGUCUGGUGAACGGUGAAUGGACAUACCCCUUUGAAAACCUUGGCACAGGUAAUAGCAGCUACCUUGUAAACCAGACUCUGUGGACAGUCUGCGAGAGCCCUAAGAACAUUGUGAUGUGGCACGUCGUCCUCUUCUCCAUGCUGCUGUCCAUGGGCGUGGUGCAGCUGGUGCUGUGUGGCAUCCAGGUGGUCAACGGAUGCUUGGGAUGUCUCUGCGGGGACUGUCGCGACAGCAAAGAUGAUGACGCCGGAUUGUGAAAGUGAAGAAGAUUGCCCCGUUGUGACUUCAGGUCGGGAGGCAGUUUUUGUUUCACAAAGUCCAUAUUCAGGGAUUCCUUUCUGUGAAACAUGUUGAGAUUUUAUUUUGAUACUUAAUGCUUUUGUUCCACACGAAGUCUGUGUCUUCGAUGGCUUUUUAAAAUCAAAGCCUUACUCCAUUAUUGUAUGAAUUUUACUCUAGCUGAUGGCUUUUGUGUAUUGACUUAUUUUUGAUUGAAUUCUUCAUUAAAAUCUAGUCAUUUCCAUAUUGAACUCCAAAUGGUAUGACAUACAAGGAUCAAGGCAUAAUUGUAAAUAAUUACAUGUGUUCGUUUUAUGUACCUCUACAUCAGGUGAAUGUGACAACACAACAAGAGAUCAUGACCGAUUAUGUACUAUUUAGCCAUGUUUAAUGAUUGGAUUUGUGCAUAAUUUGUGAAGUCAGAGAAGUUAUAUCAGUUCUGUGCAACAUUAAAAACUUGUUUUCUUGAUAA